AUGGCGUCGAAACGGAAACGUGUAGUGUUGAGUAUAAAAACAAAACACGAGAUUAUUCAAAAGCUGGAGAACGGCGAGAGUGCGGCUAAAUUAGCGAAAAUAUAUGGUAUUGGAAAGGCUACAAUUACUGGCAUUAAAAAUCAGAAAGAUGCCAUUGAAAAUUAUCUGUUACAAGCAGACACUUUGGACGUUUCUAAUAACAGAAAAAGCAUGAUGGUGCCAAAGAAUAAAAACGUAGAUGACGCUGUUUUUCAGUGGUUUCUGGAAAAUAGAGAGAAAGGAGUGCCUAUAACUGGGCCUAUUUUGUGCGAGAAGGCAUUAGAAUUUAAUGAAAAAUUAAAAGGGAAUCCAAACUUUAAGGCAAGUAGUGGUUGGUUAGAGAAGUUUAAGUCACGUCAUGGUAUUCGAGAACUGAAUGUCUCUGGUGAAAAAUUACCAACAGAUAAUGUGAGUGAACAAAACUUUGCAGUGGAUCUUCACAAAUUCUUAAUUGAAAAGGGAUACGCAUUACAGAAUAUGGUUAAUGAGGAUAAGAGAGAUUUCACUUGUAAAACUUCACCACAGAAAAGUUUACCUUCUCAGCAAGAAGAAUUAGAUUCUAACAAAAUUAGUAGAGACUGUGUCAAUACUCUUUCAUGUGUGAAUUCUAAUGCACUUCGUCAGCUUCCACUUUUGAUAAUUGGAAAAAGGGAAAGGAUAUGUUACAAAUACGAUUAA